AUGGCAUCACCACUAUGCUGCUGCUGCAAUCAUGACAAAGAUUCUUCGGAUCUCAUUGCUUGGAAAAUCAGUCUCUUGGACGAUGGUCAGAUUGGCAAGUCAAGUUUUCUGACCAAGUAUUCUGGGAGAGAAAAAGGACUUGAAGAAUUUGGAAUGACAGGAGCAAAUCAGUUGGACAAAACAUUGUGUGUUAAAGGGGCACAUAUUUCUUAUAGUAUCUGGGAAGUGGGAGGUAGACAACAUUAUAUGACCAUGUUGCAGACGGCUAUCCCAGUAAUAAUAGGGAUCAAGUUCGAUGAUUUUGUCCAACUACCAAUAGAUUUGCAGUGGACAAUUGCAAGUCAAGCAAGAGCAUAUGCAAAGGCACUGAAUGCAACAUUGUUCUUUUCGAGUGCAGCCUACAACAUCAACAUGAAUAAGAUCUUCAAGUUCAUUACAGCAAAGUUCUUUAAUCUACCAUGGAAUAUGGAGCAUAAUCUCACUGUUGGAGACCAUUAUUGA